CUCAGAGGAGAAUUCGAAAACUCUAGAAGUUUUAUCCAAGUUACCAGCCAAGGAAAGGGAGGCAAUCCUUGUUCAAUACAUUGAUGUGGGGGACCGAAUUGUUAUUGCUGUUCCACAGAAACCUCCAAAAUAUGGCAGAAAAAUUGCACCCAAGCCAAAAAUAUACACAGGAAUUGUAAAAUACAGAGGUCAAUUGGAACAAAAGUAUAACUCCAGGAUUUAUGUUGGUGUUCGAUUAGAUGAACCAGAUGGAGACACAGAUGGGACUCACAAAGGCAAGCGGUACAUGUACACGCCCUCCGACCUGGGCAAGUUCUUCAAACUCAUCGAUCUGACUUCAGUACUAGACACAAAGAAAGGAAAAUACAGAGUGAUUGUCUCAAUAUUAGCUCACCACAUCGAUAAAGUGGAGAAAGAAAAACCCACGAGAGCAUAAAACUGUCUCCAUUACGUUGUGAACAUCAGACAUUAGGCAAUAUUGGGGUGCAUUGUCAAUCACUAGUGUGAGAAUAAUGUGCCAUGGUCAGCCAAUCAGAAUUUGGGAUGUAUACUGGACUUCUGAUCUAACAUGUCAAUCAUUAAGGUAGCUCCACCCUCCUGUGACUUAAUGGUUCAAAGUAGAAAAACUAUAUUAAUUUCGGAAUCCAAUAUAAAUAGUGUUUGAUUGAAUUAAUAAUCAAACAAAAUUUAUAUGUUGCCAUCUUUUUAGAGACGGCAGACAUAUGUGUAUAGUCAAAUCAGAAAACUGCACAUUUUCGUUAAACAGCAUAAUAAGAAUACUAGUACUUAAAAAUUACUUGAAAUGUCAAAAUUUGAAUUUCAAGUUUCAGAAUACUUAUAUAGAAUUCAUCUUAAAGAUAUGUUUCUAUUACAUAUAUGCACAAAGUUUAAUUAUAGAUUUUGCAAAAACUUUUGAUGUCACAUGAGGGUGGAGCAACCAUAACAGCUAUCUGAUUUUCAUUAUUUACAGUCUGCAUCCACACCACCAGUUCACAAAGUUUGAAUUCCUUAAAAAUUAACAUACCAAAUGUACAAUGUUGUAAUUCUGUGAUUUGUGAAUAGACUAGAAAAUUCUAAACCAUGUGCUUCAAAGUUGCCUAUAGGACAUAAUGAAAUGUACAAUAAUUAAAGCUUACCUGUGAUAUUAAAAUAUUUUGUACAAUUUUGUGCAUAUAAUUUAAAUUGUUUAUUAAAUAUUAUAUGAUAUACUGAUA